CAGAAGGGAAGGGAAGUCAGUGUCCCCAAGUAGCACUGUGUGUCUGAAGCACUUUCGGGUAUCUUGUCCUCAUCGCUUUUUGGAGCUGGGGAAGCAGCACUAGGGAUAAUUUCUGGCCUCAAGCAGAAAUACAGAGCAAGCAUAAAAUGGGGAAAAAGCAGAAUGGCAAAGGCAAAAAAGUUGAAGAAACAGAACCUGAAGAAUUCGUUGUGGAGAAAGUCCUGGACAGGCGUGUAGUUAAUGGCAAGGUUGAGUACUUCUUGAAAUGGAAAGGAUUUACUGAUGCCGAUAACACAUGGGAACCAGAAGAAAACUUGGAUUGUCCAGAGUUAAUAGAAGCUUUUCUGAGUUCCCAGAAAGCUGGUAAAGAAAAGACAGAGGGCGCCAAAAGAAAAUCUCUUUCCGAUAGUGAGUCUGAUGACAGCAAAUCAAAGAAAAAAAGAGAGUCUGUUGAUAAACCCAGGGGAUUUGCAAGAGGUCUUGAUCCUGAGCGAAUAAUUGGAGCCACAGACAGUAGUGGGGAACUUAUGUUUCUUAUGAAAUGGAAAGAUUCUGAUGAAGCAGACCUGGUGCUCGCCAAAGAAGCAAAUGUUAAAUGCCCUCAGAUUGUAAUUGCUUUUUAUGAAGAACGACUAACCUGGCACUCCUGCCCAGAGGAUGAAGCGCAAUAAUUGUUUGAGUUAUCCCCCUCCCCCCUUUUUUAUAUAUGUAUGAUUAUAACUUACCAGAAAUGUUGAAAGCUACGUUUUAAUGAGACAAGUUUGAUUAUUUUUGAAGUAAUGUGUUUUGCAUAAACAGAAAGAAAAAAAAGAGUUUGUGCUAUUUGUUUUGUUUUAUUACAGGAGAGCAUUUGGUACUGCUUUCUUCAUUUUAGGCAAAGUGUUUUAUAAAACUUGAUAGUUAAUAGUGAACCCUAAUGGCAGAUUGAUCAAAUUCACAAGUGUUUUUGUAGUUCUAUACGACUGUUGUGCAUGCAUCUUUCCCCCAGUUUAGUCCUUUCAAGUCUUUAGUAUUUGUGGCUACUUGGUUCUUAAGGGACCAGGUAAAAACUUUUUAGUAAGUGGAAGGUGCAGGCUGUAUAUUAUUUACUUUAUUGUAAAUACUGGUGAACACUUAUCAAUAAAAUAGUUUUAUAUUAUUGUUCCUUGUUUUCCAAACAGUGAUAAGCUUAAGAAUCUUCAGAAAAAUAGCAUCCUCCAAUAAAAGCACUGGCACAACGUUCACCAAGCAGAAUUACUGCAAUGAGAUUUUGUAUGGCCCCUACUGUUUUGCCCACAACUUUCCUUGGCUUGUGUCUUAGAAUAAACUAACUUUUGUUUCAGGUAGCCAUACAAAUCUCCAGUAGCAUGUUUUUAAGUUUGACCUAACUGGAUCAUGAGCAAUAUUACAUUUCUCAGUCUCUAGAAGGUCCAUGUCCAGACUUGGUUGCCAUUUCUCCAGUCAAAGCAAUUUGGUUUCUAAGGUGUAUACUCCGGAUUGAGAUGAGUUUGGCAGAAGUGUGUGAGAGGAUACAAAGCCAUGUUUUUACCUAGGGCCAUACUACAGACUGCUCUGGCAUGAUGUGUGCAACACAACAGCAUAGCUCAGCUAGUUAGAGCAUGGUGCUGAUAACACCAAGGUUGCAGGUUUGAUCCCCGUACCUGCAUUGCAGGGGUUGGACUAGAUGACCCUCAGGGUCCCUUCCAACUCUAUGAUUCUAUGCAAUAUGGGCUAGUUCCUAAAAACAUACCAAUUGUUGAUUUUGUGCAGUGACUUCAUGAGAAACAACCCAGUAUGUAUAAUAGUGCUGUGAAAACAACUUUUUUCUAAAGUGAGCUAAACUCACUGUCUCUCGCUGCUGAUUUAACUGCAGGUGGAGCAAAUUUCUGGAUGCUCUUUUGCCUUGCAUUACAGAAGAAGUGUAUACCUAAGUUCACAUAUGGCCUUUACACAGUACAGUCACACUUUGGAAUUCGAACAGCUUUGUUGCUGAGCAUUUUGGCUCCCGGAUGAUUGAAAACCGGAAAUGAUUGUUCCGGUGCUCAAACGUUCUUUUGGAAGCUGAACGUCCAGUGGGGCUUCCGCGGCGAUUGGCUGCAGGAGCUUCUUGCGGCCAAUCAGAAGCCGCGCCUUGGUUCAUGAAUGUUUUGGAAGUCGAACAGACUUCCGAAACAGAUUCCGUUCGAUUUCCAAGGUACGUCUGUAUAUGUGAAUAGCAAUUUUGAAUUGUUCCCUCCUUUACACGCACAUGGAAAUACUAGCAAUGUGUGUACACACAUGUGUAUAAAUAUAUAAUUCGGCCAUUCAAGCCACUGAUACAAUAGCUUUAUGCUUUCUAAUUCAUUGAAUUGUAAUCACAACAAAGGGGCUGCACACAAUGGCUGAAUCAUAUCCCCUGCCAGUCUGUCUUGUCCAUAUAAGGGUAUUCUUCCAAUAUUAUGAUUAUAAUGGUGUGAAGAAGAGAGCUGGAUUGCACUCAUGCAGGUAGAACUAUAUUGAAACUUUGACAUAGGCCACAGCAGAGGGAAAGGUCUGAAGAGGGGAACCUGUUGUAUACAUGUGGGUUUCUGGUAUAAUUUUGAACCCUGUGUUCUUAUGCUUCUUAAAUCAUACUGACCUCUCUUCAGACCCCACCAGUGUGGAAUAUGGCAGAGAUGUGCUGAGGCAGCACCAUUGCAGUCCUUUUCUUUACAUGAUUAUAAUUGUAUUAUGGGAUGAAUGCAACUGAUAAAACUAAAUUAUUAUUUUUUAGGUAAUAAAAUAUUUUUUAAAAUGGGGAUAAUCGCCAUCAUAAAGCUGUUAUGUAUUCCUCUUCUGCAGGUGAUUAUUCAUCAUAAGCUGUCUUUACUAAGCAGGUUCCCCAAUGCACUGGUGUUACAGGAGUUGUACUGGUCCUAUUUUAAAAAUGGCAUUCCAUAAAAUGCAGCAAAACCAUUAGCCAUAGAAAUGGGGUUUCACCUAUUUUUAGGAUUGGUAGGUAAAUGGCAGUUUUUGAAAUAAAACUUGUUCCAGUCUCAAUCUUGAUAAUAUUCAAUCAACAUGAUCAUUUGAGAAAACAACUUUAUUUUCUUUUUUAAUAAUACUGUAGCAUAUUAGGACCAAAAUGCAUUCUAGGGUGUCAGGGAUUUACCUGCUAGUAUGCACAGAAUUUUCUUGGUAAGGAUAGAAUAAGCAACAAAUAAAUUCAUGUAAAAAAAACCAAAAACAAACCCCACUAGUGCUGAAAUGAGAGUGUUUAAAUUUCAAGAUGCCAACUUUACAAUAGCAACUAAAUUUAAAACGAGCUGUGCACAGGGCAGUGAAAAGUUUUUGAGAUACCUGGACUGCCAUUAAAUUCCAGCUUCCUAGUAGACAUUUUCAUCUACAUUGCUACAGUCAGAAAAGGAAAGGAUGCACCCAGUUCCCUAUCUUUAGAAAAACUUUCUAUUGAUUCAAUGUGUUACUGCUUGAUGGGAAGAUUACUGUAACUGGAGAUGUAGUAAACUUAACAGUCUGAAGCCCCUUGGAAUAUAAGGUGGUAAAUGUGAGCUUUUUUUUACUGACUUAAGUAUUAUUGUGCUUUCCCUUGUCGGGUCAGUACAUGAGCUGGUUUUAACAAGAAUUCUCAAAACUGGUCAAAGUGAGCUACAAUGCAUCAAGUAUCUCCGAAGUGAUAAAAUGGCUAGAAUGGAACAUUUCAUUUAUGAGACAAAUUGAGUCUUCUAAAUAUGGUAUUGGAAAAAAUAAGCUUUUCAUAUGUGGAAUUGACUCCCUACAUUUCAAUAAAACAUUUCCUUGC